UGACUUGAUACAUACCCGAGAGGUGCCGAGUGGUGGGAAUGGCGCUGGCGUGUUCUCUCCUCGUUCUUCUCUGUGUUGCAGCGGAAAUCAAUGGUUAUUGCUACCUAACCAAGGCCGUAAGUGUACGACUGCCCGUUUACUGUGAAAAGGGAGAAUACUGCUGUGGAUCAGGCAGGUAUAGACAUUGCUGCAACGAAGACAAUUCGUAUGCGCCGUUAGCUGUGGGACUCGGGGUUGGUAUUCCCGUGACGUUGGCUGUAGCAGGCCUAAUCAUCUUCCUGUGCGUCAAAGGCAAACUUCGGUGUCCUGUCCAGCGCUCGUCAGACCGGAGCGUCAACUAUGCACCAGCCAAGAGUGGGGAAGCCUCUUGAUCCACACGGCUCAUCAACACAAGGUACUGCAACGCAGCAGUCUUCACGUGGUCAUUCCCCAUGGAUGUUUUACAUCAUAUAUGUGAUAUAAGUGUACAGUGAACUCCGUAAGUUCGAACAGCAGCCUUCCUAGUCACUUCUUCCCAUUUAGAAAAUCCAACUCACAAUCGGAAACCCGGUGCCUUUCAAUUACCAGAUGCCAAUUAGCGUCAGCGAAUCAACAAACUGGGUUUCGGACCAUAGCACCUGGUUAAUACGCACCUUGAACUCGUAUAUUUGAUCGGAUUAGGCUUACCAUAUGUCUAAAUAUAGCACCUCUGUGUCCCUCAAGAACAAGCCACAUGUACAAUGUUAUACACUGCAGUCGGAACAUUGCUGCAUAAUGAAUAAUACUGCCACAUAACAAUAUGUCUGUAAAUUUAUGUACUUCAGGAUGCAGCAAUUACGAUUAUUUUUGCAACAAUGACGUUCUAUUCAUGUACUCAAACAGCGACAACCUUUACUUUUUCAGGAAAAUUAAACAAUUACUACUCA